AUAAUAAAAAAAAGUUGAGCCACUCUCGGUUUUGACUCACAACCUCCACUUUAUAUUAUUUUAUUUCAAUUUAAAUUUUAAAUUUAAAAAUCACGGAUCUUCAGUUCUCCUCUUCUAUUAUACUCACUCACUCACUCACUCACUCACUCGCUGAGUCACCAGAAUCUAGAACUGAGCUAAUUUACCUGAAAAAAUGGCAUCAUCGUCAUCAUUAUCAUCGUCUUCUUGUUUACGAAUGGAAAAUCUCUUCUUCACUUGCUCAACUUUCUCUAAGUUAAAGCAUUAUUCGAUUUCUUAUUCUCAGUUUAAUAAAAACAUCGGUUGUGAUUUUUCUCCAAAACUUCCGCUUCUCAAAACGCAGCGUCGUUCUCUCUCCGUCAAAGCUUCAUCCUCCACCGCAAUCGCUGAACCUGAAGGCAUUAAGAUUAAUUCACUGCCGACUAAGCCUAUUGAAGGACAGAAGACAGGAACUAGCGGUCUUCGAAAGAAGGUUAAAGUUUUCAUGCAAGAAAAUUACCUUGCGAAUUGGAUUCAGGCGUUGUUUAAUUCGUUACCACCAGAGGAUUACAAGAAUGGAGUAUUGGUUUUAGGAGGGGAUGGUCGUUAUUUUAAUAAGGAAGCUGCACAGAUAAUUAUCAAAAUUGCUGCUGGUAAUGGUGUUGGUAAAAUCCUUGUAGGCAAGGAAGGGAUUAUGUCUACACCCGCUGUUUCUGCAGUUAUCAGAAAGCAGAAGGCCAAUGGUGGAUUUAUAAUGAGCGCAAGCCAUAAUCCUGGAGGCCCUGAAUAUGAUUGGGGUAUCAAGUUUAAUUACAAUAGUGGACAACCUGCACCAGAAUCUAUCACCGAUAAAAUUUAUGGAAAUACCCUAUCUAUAUCUGAGAUCAAAAUGGCUGAUAUUCCUGAUGUUGAUCUUUCUUCACUUGGAGUUACAAAGUAUGGAAACUACAUUGUUGAAGUAGUGGACCCAGUUUCUGAUUACUUAGAGCUAAUGGAGAAUGUCUUUGAUUUUGAUAUCAUCAGAAGUCUUCUUUCACGGUCAGAUUUCAGGUUUAUACUUGAUGCCAUGCAUGCUGUCACCGGUGCUUAUGCAAAGCCCAUAUUUGUGGACAAGCUGGGGGCUAGACCGGAUUCAAUUUUAAAUGGAGUGCCUCUGGAGGAUUUUGGGCAUGGUCAUCCAGAUCCUAAUCUAACCUAUGCCAAGGAUUUGGUGAAUAUUAUGUACAGUGAGAAUGGGCCUGAUUUUGGAGCUGCCAGUGAUGGUGAUGGUGACAGAAACAUGAUUCUGGGUAGAGAGUUUUUCGUUACACCGUCAGAUUCUGUUGCUAUCAUUGCUGCCAAUGCUCAAGGAGCCAUUCCAUACUUUAAAAAUGGCCCUAAGGGUUUAGCUCGGUCCAUGCCAACAAGUGGUGCUCUGGAUCGUGUGGCUGAAAAGUUAAAUCUUCCCUUUUUUGAGGUCCCAACUGGUUGGAAAUUCUUUGGGAAUCUUAUGGAUGCUGGAAAGUUGUCAAUUUGUGGGGAAGAAAGUUUUGGAACUGGUUCCGAUCAUAUUCGCGAGAAGGACGGCAUAUGGGCGGUGUUGGCUUGGCUUUCAAUUAUUGCUCACAAAAACAAGGACAAGAAACCAGGGGAGAAGUUGAUUUCUGUUUCCGAUGUUGUGAAAGAGUAUUGGGCAACAUAUGGAAGAAAUUUCUUUUCUAGAUACGAUUAUGAAGAGUGCGAGUCAGAAGGAGCCAAUAAGAUGGUAGAAUAUCUGAGAGAUUUGAUCUCAAAGAGCAAACAAGGAGACAAAUAUGGGAGUUAUGUCCUUCAAUAUGCCGAUGACUUCAAGUACACCGACCCUGUGGAUGGAAGUGUGGUCUCAAAGCAAGGGGUCCGAUUUGUUUUUACUGAUGGAUCAAGGAUCAUAUUCCGGUUAUCUGGAACUGGUUCUGCAGGUGCAACUGUUAGAAUUUAUAUCGAACAGUUCGAACCAGAUGUCUCCAAACACGACAUGGAUGCCCAAAUUGCACUUAAACCAUUAAUAGAUUUGGCAUUGUCUGUGUCAAAGUUGAAGGACUUCACAGGAAGGGAAAAGCCAACAGUCAUCACAUAAAAGAAUCCAUGCCCUGUUGAUCUCUCGGAUCAAUUUACGUCCCGAGCUAUGCUCAAAGGCAAGUCUGGAAUGUUCUUCUGCCACGCAUAUGUUUUUUGUUCAAUUUUGGUUGGUAUUUGGCUACGGCAUUACCAUACAAUAAAAUCUCCCUGUAAAAUAAUAUAUAAACAAGUCGCAGAUGAGAAUAAAAUAUAUUUAUUGAUUA